UUCAACUCCUCGGCAGCAGAGAGUUGCCGGUGUUAUGGCUCCUCUCUUGGAACACGAGAACCAGAUCUUUUUAGAUUUAUUUCACGAAGAUGGCCUCGUCAUCACGGCAAAGGGCUUGGGUAUAGACAGGAUCCUGCUGAAUUUUCUCAAGUUAUAUUGUGACCCUGGGAACCUGGUACUUGUGCUGAACACCAACUUGGCGGAAGAGCAAUAUUUUAUUGAGCAGUUACGGUCUGAAGGAGUGUCCCAUCUUCCUCGCAUUAUUACUAAUGAAAUUCCAAGCAAUGAGCGUUAUGCUGUGUAUACAGAAGGUGGAGUCUUAUUUGUGACGAGCCGGAUUCUGGUUGUUGAUUUUUUAACAGAUCGUAUUCCUUCUAAUCUAAUUACAGGUAUUUUGGUAUACAGAGCUCACAAGAUCAUUGAUUCAUGUCAGGAAGCAUUUAUUCUUCGGCUUUAUCGGCAGAAGAACAAACAGGGUUUUAUCAAGGCUUUCACAGAUGAUGCAGUAGCCUUUAAUCUUGGAUUCUGUCGAGUGGAACGAGUGAUGCGAAAUUUGUUUGUCCGUAAACUGUACCUUUGGCCUAGGUUCCACAUUGCAGUUAGCUCUUUCCUAGAAAGACACAAACCUGAAGUGAUAGAGCUGCAUGUUUCCCUCACUCCCACCAUGCUGGCUAUCCAGACGGCCAUUAUGGAUGUAAUGAAUGCCUGCUUGAAAGAACUUAAACAGUACAAUGCAACUUUGGAUGUUGAAGACAUGUCUCUUGAAAAUGCAGUUGGAAAGUCCUUUGAAAAGGUAAUACGUCACUACUUGGAUCCAAUUUGGCACCAGCUUGGUGCAAAAACAAAAUCCCUGGUACAGGAUUUGAAGAUUCUUCGUACCUUAUUGCAAUAUUUAACCCAAUAUGACUGUGUUACCUUCCUCAAUCUACUUGAAUCUCUGCGGGCCACUGAGAAAGCUUUUGGCCAGAAUUCAGGGUGGUUAUUCCUGGAUGCCAGUAACACAAUGUUUGUGAAUGCUCGUGCCAGAGUUUAUGAACUUCCUGAGGCAAAGCUCAAAAUCUCAAAGAGUGUGUCAAAAUCUGAAGCAAAAGAAAGAGACCAGGCAGAGGAAAAGAAGGAACUUGUCCUGGAGCCAAAUCCAAAGUGGGAAGCAUUGAGUGAAGUGUUAACAGAGAUAAAAAGGGAAAAUGAACCCAGUGAAGAACUGACUGACUCUGGUCAUGUACUGAUCUGUGCCAGCGAUGAUCAGACCUGCGCACAGUUGAAGGAAUACAUCACCAUUGGAGCCGAGGCCCUUUUAAUGAAACUCUAUAAUAAAACGUUUGGGAAGAAUGAGAAGGCUGAGUAUUUAAAGACAGUCACUGUAAAAAAUAAGCCUGGCAAAUCCAAGGCACGACCGAAGUCUGGAAAUGGCCCUAAACUGAAGAAGGCAAAAACAGAGGCUGUCAAAAAAAAGAAACCAGAACUAACACUGACUCAAAUGGUUGGAAGAGAAAUUAAGGAGGAUUCUACGGAAGAGAAGGAGAAAGAAGAUUAUGGAAGUGUUAGUAUGGAACAUAGCAGUGAAGAAACAGAAGUUGAUGGUAUGGUGUUGAACCUGCCAACAGAUGCCUGCUAUGGAAUCCUAAAGGAGCCACUCAUUAUCCUCCAUCCCUUACAUGGCUGUAAUGAUCCAUAUAGUCUGUCACGUGUACUACAUGAAAUCGAACCCCGUUAUGUUAUACUGUAUGAUGCAGAACUGUCAUUCGUUCGUCAGCUUGAGAUAUUCAGGGCAAGCAGGACAGGCAAGCCACUGAGAGUUUAUUUCCUCAUAUAUGGAGGCUCAACGGAAGAGCAGCGAUACCUGACCAAUCUGAGAAAGGAGAAGACAGCCUUUGAAAAUUUGAUAAGGGAGAAGGCUGUAAUGGUAAUCCCUGAGGAGAGGGAAGGAAGGAAUGACUUCAACUCAGAUCUUGCUCGAGAUGAUGGCCUCUCACCUGCUGAAAGAGACACGCGGAAGGCUGGGGGCCAGGCUCAGAAGAAAGAGCAACAUCGCAUUAUAGUGGAUUUACGGGAAUUCCGCAGUGAGCUGCCUUCCCUGAUACAUCGGCGGGGCAUUGACGUUGAGCCGGUCACCUUGGAAGUUGGCGAUUACAUCCUGACUCCUGACAUUUGUGUUGAGCGCAAGAGCGUGAGUGAUCUGAUUGGCUCUCUGAACAACGGCCGCCUUUACACUCAGUGCACCUCCAUGUCACGAUACUACAAGCGGCCUGUCCUGUUGAUUGAGUUUGACCCCAAUAAGCCUUUCACCCUGAACUUCCGAGGAUCGGCCCACCAGGAGAUUUCCAUUAAUGACAUUACCUCUAAGCUCACCCUAUUGACUCUACACUUCCCCAAGCUGCGAAUUAUCUGGUGCCCCUCCCCAUACGUUUCUGCUGAGCUGUUUGAGGAGCUGAAACAGAACCGACUGGAGCCUGAUGCAGCCACUGCCAUGGCUGUCACAGCCGAUUCUGAAGUUGUUUCUGAGUCAGACCGAUACAAUCCAGGUCCACAAGAUUUCCUGAUGAAAAUGCCUGGAGUGAGUUCUAAAAACUGCCGGGCACUGAUGAAUCGCGUAAAGAACAUUGCUGAGCUCGUAAAGCUCUCUCAGGAGCAAUUAGCUGACAUCUUGGGGAAUGCUAACAAUGCCAAACAGAUUUGGGAGUUCAUUCACUCAUCGUAUACAGACAAGGCAGUACAAGCCAAAAAUAGGAGAUGAUGUUCAGAGCGGAAGGAAUUUAAUAGAAUCUUCCAUACCUUCUGUUACCACAGCCUUUGAAUACAAAAUUGUUGUCUUAAAGAAAAGUUAUUAACUUAUUUAAUUAUUGUAGUAGACUUGUAAAAACAACAAUAAUCUGACAAAAAAAGUAUUUCAAAUAGGUUUCUAGUUAUUUUGAUAAUAACAUCAGGAACUCUAUUUAAAAUAGCCCUUUGGAAAUUCCAGCUUCAACAGUCAGGUGCUUUGCUGAUCUAUAAAUACUUGCUGUGAGUAUUAGGGGGGAGAAGUAUUAAACUGAAAGAAUAGUGAAGUAUAAAAAUGAUUGGGUCAAUGCUACCUUAAUACAAAAGACAUUUAAAGCCAAGUUUUAAGAAUGCUGAUACCAGUCUUUGAAUCUAAAUAACCAAGGUGUUUAAUAUAUUUAUGUCUGUAAAUGCUAAUGAGAUGUACAUUUUUGCUGCUUUCAUAUGUUCUGUGAACUUAUCUGUAUGUUAUAAUCCAUUUAUCAUAUUAGAAUCAUCCCUCAAAGUGUAUUUUGUAUAGUCAUUGGAGUCAUGUACAUAAGAUAAUGGGAUUAUCUCUGAAAUAUUCCUUUGACAUUUUUUAAUCAGGUCUGCUGAUCCCUUAUUUGCAAGAUUCUGCCAUAAAAUUUGAAUCAGUAGACUCUGCUAUGCCAUUAAACAGCCUUUAAUAGACCGACAUUAUUAAGGACUUGUUUAUGUAGCAUAUGAUGUUCGUGUUGCCUCAAGAGAAUUCCCUUGGAUUUCUUUCCUUUUAUGCUUUGAAAGCAAUAGAUGAAAUUUACAUUAAUUGUGUGAUGCAAUAAAGCAAUUACAAAAUAGAAAAAAAAUAUGAAUUUUGGAAGCUUGAUCUUAACUUGGAACUUUUUUUGUCAAAUCAGUUGAAACAGUACUACACCUUUAUUUUCUGUAUGGUACACUCUGCUGGAUAGGCAAUUUGAAAUGUUUCAGAAAAAAAUCCUUAGGUUUCAUUGAUUUUUGGGUGCAAUAUUUUAAAGACAGAAACUGAAACCCUUGGAACUUUCUCAGAAACUUUUGAAGAAUUAAUAGCACAAAAUGAAUGAGAAAUAUCAUACACCUUUUAGGUUGGUUGGGGGAAGUGCUAAAAUAUUGAAUCGAUGCUUUUUGUACUUGAAUAUUUUAAUAUUGUAUUUUAUUUAAUAAACUUUCUGGUUAAUAAAAAAUGUAGCACUUAAAAUCAAUGUUCCAUUAUUUAAAAAGUCAAACUUUUGAUUGAAGAUUUCCCCUCACCUGUUCUCAGCUGUCACCCGCCAGCGUGUACUCCUUCCCAUCUCCCCACCUGAUUCUGAUUUCUCUUCCCUUCCUUUCCCGUACCGAUGAAGGGUCUUGGACCAUUGACUCUUUAUUCCUUUCGGUAGAUGCUGCCUGACUUGCUGUUCCUGUGUGUUGUCCUGGGUUUCCAGCAACUGCAGAAUCUCUUGUGAUCUCUUACGUUUAUGAAACUGUUUGGUCUGUUUUCUAUUUUUAUUGAUCUUUUGUUGAAGAAUGGGUAUAAAUACCUGACACCUCUGGCAAGAGUUGCUCUGUGAAGUCCCCAAUCCCACCACCACCCACCCAGCCCCCCGUGUGCACUUUGUCUUUUUUAAGCUUCACAAUUAAGAUAGGUCACAUGAAACUCAGAGGAAGUUUAUUUACUGCCUACCGAGCCUUACUGAGUC